UUAAUGCUCGUCUGCUGUUCACAAAUAAACAAUCAUAGUUUUCCUCACUACAGCGAUCCACAGGCUUAAAGAGAACCGUUGUUUCAAUCAGUGAAAAUGAAUUCCCUUGAAAAACGAACAAUUCUAAUUACUGAGGGUGGAAAAACUAGUGGUAUACCGGCGUUGAGUCAAAAAUGGGUUGAAAGCCGGAAAUUUCUUCUUUUCCUACCCCCGACAGUUAUUUCCAAUGGUAUCGAUCUAAAGGAAUGGUGUGAAAUCACCCAGUUUAUAAAAAAUGAUCUGCACUGGCUGCUGAAACUUCCACAUCAUAAAUUCUGGUCACAAACAAUAUAUGACAAAUCCUUACACUCCAGCCUAGUUUCCUUCCUUCAAGAGGCACCCCGGUUUUAUUCAGAGGAAAAAAACAUCUUGAAAGCUUCCCCCCCUGCAUGGAAUUUAUUCAAGGAAACGCAAAAACUGGUGUUUCUUACCUUUAUACGCAUGGCAACUCAUAAAGAAUCAAAGGAUUCCUACAUAAGCCCAGAAGUUUUUGGACAGCUGAUCUAUGACAAUUUCAUCUUUGAUGUUCCAAAGAUGAUGGAUUUGUCUAUUCUGUUUGGCCCAACUAAUUCGGUUCUACUGAGUAAAAUGUUCAAAAACAUUUUUGCCAAUCAGCCACAAUACAAGUUUGACCUGGAAGAAACUGCCAAAGGGUUAACCAAGGUUUUUCAACUUGUUUUAGGUGAACUUGGGCUAGAUAGUAGCCAGGCAGCUGGAAGUGUUAAUUGUGGAUCGUUGUCUGCCGAAGAAAUUGAUGAGCUCGUCACAUACAUGCUGGAUAUUAGUGCGACUUUAUGGUAUUUCGUGGAUAUUUAUACAGAAGCAACUUCGAUUCUUAUCAAAGCGAACAUUCAAAACCAACUGGCCGAUUUUUAUGAAAAGGGCAUCCCAUAUUUGUGUCGCCAGGUUGAAAUUAUGCCUCAAAAUGUGAAACAAAAAAUGACUCGGAACCUGAACUCAGCUCGCAAAUUCCUUCUUCAAAUCUACAACGCCUUGUUGCAUUACGGUUCUAUCAGACUUCUUCUAUCGCAAAGCAAUGAGGACGGUUCUUGGGACAGAGAAGAACCCGUGGAACUGUGGCUAGAUUGGUUAACUUGUUUAGUUUCAGAGCGCCAACGUCAUUUUCUUAUUGACUAUAACCUGAUUUUUCAAGUCCAAGAUGAUAUUGAUCUAAUCGCCCAAUUAGGGAUUCAAAUGGAUAGUACGCGAGUUGAAUACGUAAAAGCAGGGUUAAAAGAAUUUCGAGUGGAGUUUGGCUUAUCUUUAACACCAGCAAGUCUAAGAGCUUCUGACGGUGGGGUGGAUCCCGUGAAGAUGAACGGGCUUAUUCUUCAAGUAAAAGAACUUUUGCCGGACCUCCAGGAGAAUUUCAUUCAGGUUUGUUUGAAACAUUACGAUUUCAACCCCGAAGCUGUCAUCAACGCAGUGUUAGAAGACAAUCUACCGCCUCACUUGAACGAGAGCCAUAGCAUUCCAGAUACGCAACCAAUCCCAGAAGUCUUCGUCGGUUUUGAAGAACCGACAGAUAUAUCAAAGAAAACAAGAACAAAGACCGUUCAUUUCAACGAAAUGCGUGAAGUCUUGAACGACAAGCAGGAUAUGAAAAGCCUGAUUCUGGAUCGCGUCGAUGAACAACUUGCAGCGGAAUAUGAAGACGAAUAUGACGACACCUAUGAUGGCCAUGCUGUUGGUUCCGAAGAGCCAGAUGCACACAAUGGAGAGGAAGAGUUCCGAAGAUCGUUUGUGGUCCCUCGUGUCUUGCGACCGAAAAUGGAAGAAGAAUCAGAUGAUGAAGAGGAUUUCCAUCAGCCUGAAGAAAAGCCUAAGGAUCACUUUGUAACGAAUCCAGAAGAACUCCGAGCGCUAGCGGAACAGAGACGGUUGAGUAGGCGAGGCAAUUAUAGACCUGGUCCGACACCAUCGCAACGAAAUGUCGUUGGCGGCCCACGUGGCCAAGGCCAGGAAAAGGAAACUAUCGUUGCACGCCGUCACAAAACGGAAAACAAAACACGGGGCGCCAAUCAUAACAGAAGAUCCAUGGCGGAUAGAAAAAGACGCGAGUUUUAAUUCUACGUCUGGUAUCUAGUUUAUCAAAAUGUGGAAUGGUGAUACAGUCAGUGGUUCAGCAAAGGACACGGUUACAUAAAAAAAUAGGUGUGGAAACGGAAUAUAUAUAUUUAGAAGCGU